UACCUCGAGGUCCCUGAAGGGCAACAUCUUUUUUCCUGUGACAGCCUAACAAGGAAUGACUCAAACAGCCUCUGACCCUGACCGGGAAAGACACUUUGGAUGACUUCACAUUUUCAUGAUAAUCAGCAGGAAUGAAGCUGCAGCAUCCUUUGGUGCGUGAGACUAUUUUUUAGCAGGAUUUUGACAGAUGGGGAGAAAGCGGCUUACAAUGGACGCCCAUAUGGACGAGGACAUGGAGCUGGUGGGAAUGGGACUUCGUGUCUCGGUGUCCCCGAUCCAGAUUGCCAUGUAUAUUAUACUGGUGCUGCUGGGCAUCCUGGGUAACGCCAUGGUGAUCGGGGUGAUCGGUAGGAGCGUGUUUGUGGAACACAGCCACGGACAGAACUCGGACAUCAUCAUCAUCAACAUGGCCUUGUCCAAUUUGUUGGUGUCAAUCUUGAGGAACACACUGCUGAUCAUCUCAGAUAUUGGAUUGGAGCUGUAUUCAUCGAAGCAGUGGUGUCAGUUUCUCAUGGGUGUGUGGGUGUGGAUGCGCUCGGUCAACGUGUGGUCAACGCUCUUCCUCAGUGCCUUCCACCUUCAGACUUUAAGACGGGUGGCUCCCAACAUUGCAACCCUUCGUACAUCCCGGAGGGCUCCUAAUAUCAUCCUUUUCAAUCUGGCUAUCAUCUGGUUCCUCAACUUUUUAUACUCCAUUCCUGCAUAUAUCUUCUCUACUAAUGGAAAUGUGAACACCACAGAGACGCUAAUGCUGGUGAGCAGCACAACACGACCAUUGCUGGGCUGCGUGUGGAACUUCCCUUAUUCCUUCAGUGGCUUGUCAUACGCCACCACCUCCAUGGUGAUCCACGAGACCAUUCCUAUCAUCCUGAUGGUCUUUACCAACGUUUGCUCGCUGUACACACUCUACACACACGGCAAGGCUUCAUUGAAAGGCGUGCCUGUCACCAAAAGGGUGCCAGCUGAGAGACGAGCAGCCAAGGUGAUUCUUGCCCUCAUCAUGCUUUUCAUCGUGUCAUGGGGCACCAGCAUAAUCUCCGUCAACUACUUCAAUUACAAUCGGGGCUCCUCGGCAGAAUUUCUGCUGGUCAUCGCUCGUUUCGCCAACAUCAUCUUCAUCGCCUUGUCCCCCAUGGUUCUGGCAGUGGGCCACCGCCGACUUCGGUCUUUUAUGAAAUCUUUGGUCUCCCACUGA